AUGGGUAAACAGGCUGUUCCAUCCUCCUCUUCCGGAGGCAAGAAGGCUAAGAAGAAAUGGUCCGCCAAGAAGGUCAAGGACAAGGCCAACAACAUGGUUGUCUUGGAUAAGCCUACCUACGAGCGUCUCUUCAAGGAAGUCCCCACCUACAAGCUCAUCACCCAAUCCGUGUUGGUCGAUCGUCUUCGCUUGAACGGCUCUCUUGCCCGCAUUGCCAUUCGUGAGCUCGAGUCUCAAGGUCUCAUCAAGCCUCUCGUUCAACACCAUGCUCAGGUCAUCUACACCCGUGCUACUGGUGACGAGAAGAAGUAA